ACUAGGCCAUCAAUGGGUUCACGUCCAAGCGUUUUUCAUAACCUAGUGCUUUGUUCAGCUCUUCGGUUGGGAUCUCCAGUCAGACUUGUUGCUCACCACACACCAGAAACGGCGUCAGGUAUUCCUUUCGGGCCUCGGCAGGUGAACGUAAUGAAGCCCUCGAAGCACACAAUAAGAACUAUCGACGAAUCUGCGAAGGCUAGCUGUCUCCAUUGGUCCAAUGCAUUAAGGAAAUGAUGUAGCGCGCUCGCUGAACAGCAUGACCGUAUUCUUGGCGCAGAGAUUCCCAGGCAAAUUCAGGAUUGUUAUGAUGUAGUAGUCAAUUUCUUCCACGAAAUGCAUCAACAUUUUCACAUUUCCUGUCCACAAGCUCAACAGCGCCCUGGGUGUCUCAAAAGUAUGACGAGAACCCGUUCGGCUCCUCCACCUGCACACCCACCACCUUACCACCUUCAAAACUUACCUACGACGCUUAUCCACCCUGCCACCCCAUCAUGCAAUGCUACCUGUCGUCAACGUUCCUUUAACCCAGGGUCGACAGGGCGUAAUGCUGCAGCGGGUGCUCCUGGGAGUGACGACUCCUUGAUCUGUGAUGAAGACUAUCAUGGACCUCCUUCACCGGGCGCCAAUUUACACCAGCAACAGCAACAGCGACAAGCAGCAGUGCAGUUAGACAACGGGGAACAUGGACGUGGCUGGUCGUGCUGCUGAAAGCAUUAAUGAAAGUCUGCGGGUAUUUUAGUUUUAUCGUCCAUCUUGUUAUGAUAUCUACAUUGAAUUGAAGCCAUAUUUUACGAUAGGCGAUCAGUACAUCCCGCACCAUGCAGUCGGUAAGGAUCACACCGGACAAAGAUUUAAGCUGGUGACAUAUGUUGUGCUGGCCCGAUGAUGUCCUCGUCGAUGCAUUGUUCCUUUCACGCAGAGCCUAUUGAUGCGCUCGAUUGCCACUAUCACUGUCUUUAUUGUCUUACGUAGUACCGAUCUGCUGCAACGGGUGCUCCCCACGGUUCUGCCCAUGACCACGACUUCCUUUCUUCCUACUGUCUCAGUUUGACAACAACAUUGUUUACGGUGAUCUCUUAUCUAUAUACUUACGGCUAAUCAUGGACCUCUCCAUUGAACUUUAUGUAAUUAGCUUGCACGGAUUUGGAG